UUCAACAUCUCUCGAUAUCUCUCUACUUCUUAUACAUACCCACACCACGGCCAUGGCCACAGCAUGGGAAGCCAUGAACGUACAGCAAGCAGCCGAAACUCGGUGGGAGCACGAGGCCUCCACAGUGAGGUGCAAGCGCCUUCGCCCCCUCACACUUUCUCUCUCUACACCGGCGGCAACUCCUUCCUCGGAAAGCAACAGCGGCAUUGCGACCCCCACCUUCAUUCGCUGCCCUCCCCGCAAAGCGGCUGAAGCCGCGCAGCAGCAACAGGCGACGGCAGAAGCUAUGCCCCAGGCGCAGGUGGGGAGCACGCGGUGGAACCCCACGCAGGAACAGAUUGCCAUUUUGGAGAUGCUUUAUAGAGGAGGAAUGAGGACCCCGAACGCGCAGCAGAUUGAGCACAUCACUGCUCAGCUAGGGAGGUAUGGGAAGAUAGAGGGGAAGAAUGUGUUUUACUGGUUUCAGAACCAUAAGGCACGAGAGAGACAGAAGCAGAAGCGCACUAGCGGCGCCCUCACUCUCGGCCUCACCACCACCACCACCAUCGCCGCAGCUUCCUCCACCGCUAAGGGAGAAGGGGAAGGGUGUUUCUUCAAGCGCAAAUGCAGGAGUUGGGCACUUCAGAGCUUGGAUUUGGAAGAGGAGGAGAGAAGUAGGUUUCAAGCAGAUAAGACUCUUGAGCUCUUCCCAUUACACCCUGAAGCCAAAGAAGAAAGAUGAUGGGGGUUGGCCCUCCUUUGUUGUUAUAUAUGUUCUCUCUCUCUAAGUAUUUUUACAAGAUGCAAUGCCAUGAAAUGAAAGCUCUCUCUCUCAUGCUUGCAAA